CCGCGGCCGCCGUCAAAACCCAUUGGCGUGUCACCGUCCACCGUUUCCAACCACGACCCAUUGGAAUUUGGAAAACCUCAAACCGGCCGCGGCGGCAAAUACCACGCCACCAGCCGACCUAUAAACACAAGAGAUUUGCAACGAUCAUCGCAUCGUAAUUAAGAGAGAGAGAGAGAGAGAGAGAGCUCUCGCUGUUCGCUUCCACCGCCGCCGCCGCCACCGCCGCUGCUCGCACCUUUCCCAACCUGAUCCGGAGCGCAGCGAGGCAGGAUGCAUUCGACGAAUCUCCUGCUCGAGGAGCCCAUCCGUAUGGCCUCCAUCCUCGAGCCCUCCAAGACUAGCUUUUUCCCGGCGAUGACCAAGAUCGUCGGCACGCUGGGGCCCAAGUCGCGCUCCGUCGACACCAUCUCCGCCUGCCUCAAGGCCGGCAUGUCCGUUGCGCGGUUCGAUUUCUCGUGGGGGGACGCCGCGUACCACCAGGAGACACUCGAGAACCUCAAGCUCGCCAUCAAGUCCACCAAGAAGCUAUGCGCCGUCAUGCUUGAUACCGUUGGCCCAGAGUUGCAGGUGGUGAACAAGAGGGAAACCCCAAUCUCCCUUGAAGAGAAUGGGACUGUUGUUCUGACGCCUCAUCAGGGGCAAGAAGCCUCCUCCAACUUGCUGCCCAUUAACUUCUCUGGACUCGCCAAGGUGGUGAAACCUGGUGCCACAAUAUUUGUUGGGCAAUACUUGUUCACUGGUAGCGAGACUACUUCAGUUUGGUUGGAGGUUUCUGAAAUUAAAGGAGACAAUGUGAUUUGUGUGAUCAAGAACACAGCUACCCUUGCUGGGUCACUGUUCACGUUGCAUUGCUCUCAGAUACAUAUUGACUUACCCACACUAUCUGAUGAGGACAAGGAUGUUAUCAGAAAAUGGGGCGCUCCAAACAAAAUCGACUUCCUCUCUUUAUCUUACACAAGGCUUGCAGAAGAUGUGCGGCAGGCACGGGAGUUCCUCUCAACAUUAGGUCUUAGCCAAACUCAGAUUUUUGCCAAGAUUGAGAAUGUUGAGGGCCUGAACCAUUUUGAUGAAAUACUGGAAGAAGCAGACGGGAUCAUUUUGUCAAGAGGAUACUUGGGAAUUGAUCUUCCACCUGAAAAGGUCUUUCUAUUUCAAAAGUCUGCUCUGCACAAGUGCAAUAUGGCUGGAAAGCCUGCUGUUAUUACUCGUGUGGUGGACAGUAUGACUGACAACCUCAGGCCUACUCGUGCAGAGGCAACUGAUGUUGCAAACGCGGUACUUGAUGGUAGUGAUGCCAUUCUCCUUGGUGCCGAGACUCUCCGUGGUUUAUAUCCAGUUGAGACUAUUUCAACAGUGGGCAGAAUUUGUGCUGAGGCUGAGAAGGUCUUUAACCAAGAUUUAUACUACAAGCGAACUGUGAAAUAUGUGGGAGAGCCCAUGACCCAUUUGGAGUCUAUUGCUUCCUCAGCAGUACGAGCUGCUAUCAAAGUUAAGGCUUCUGUCAUCAUUUGCUUUACGUCUUCUGGAAGGGCUGCAAGGCUAAUCUCCAAGUACAGGCCCAGCAUGCCUGUUCUAUCUGUUGUUAUUCCUCGUCUAAAAACAAACCAACUGAGGUGGAGUUUCACUGGUGCAUUCGAGGCAAGACAAUCACUCAUAGUUAGAGGCCUCUUUCCUAUGCUUGCUGAUCCACGACAUCCGGCUGAAUCUACCAGCGCGACAAAUGAGACAGUUUUGAAGGUUGCUCUUGACCACGGCAAAGCUUCCGGUGCGAUCAAGUCCCAUGAUCGCGUCGUUGUUUGCCAGAAAGUGGGAGAUUCCUCGAUUGUGAAGAUCAUUGAGCUGGACGAUUAGACAAGUAGCCUAUGCUUGUCUGAUACUAUGGCAUGUUUUGCUAUAUUUUUGACUGGGCUGAAACUCGUUGGCUAUGUAUAAUUAAUCCUAUAGCUUGCAAAAUGAGCAAUUUUUUCUAUGAUAUGAUCAUAAUAGCAUUUUCUUUCAAAUUUGAAACUACCACGAUGCAGUUUGGAAGUUUGGUCAGAUUUUACUGCAGUGUACCACUUAAACGGGCAGAUGGAAUAAUGAAAUUGUACUGUGCCCUUGUCCCCUGCUA